AUGUCAUGUAUGAAUGCGAUUGCCAUCUAUGACUACACAGCAACGCAGCAUGAAGAAUUAUCAAUUAGGAAGGAUGAGAAACUAACUAUAAUUGAUGACAGCAAAACUUGGUGGCAAGUAGAAAAUUCAAGACAUGAAAAAGGUUUUGUGCCCUCCAACUAUGUGAAAAGAGCUAACAAAGGAUUCUUAGGAAAGUUAAAGCGACCAAAAGAAAAGGAUAGUCCUGAGAAUGGGACUCUCAAUCAACCAGGAGAAUAUUUUGUACCUCAGGACGUUCUUGCCGGGAUUGAAACUGUGGUUGCAAAAUUUAGUUUCCGGCCGCAACACGAUGAUGAACUUGCAUUGAUCAAAGGAGACAAGAUAAAAGUUCUUGAGAAGCAGGAGGACGGAUGGUGGAAAGGAUGCAUUGGAAGCAGAAAUGGGUGGUUUCCGUCAAAUUAUGUACAGUCAGAGGAAGAGAACUCAAAAUCCACUAAACCCAAAAAGCCGGUCAUUCAUAAGGUAAAGACUUUGUACAAUUUUGACCCAGAAAAUCCCGAGGAGCUCAAGUUUAAAAAGGAUGAAAUCCUGGAAGUUAUCGACAAACCUGAAGAUGACCCAGAUUGGUGGAAGGCCCGUAAAAAGGAUGGCUCUACAGGUCUGGUUCCUCGUAAUUAUAUUGUUAUUGUGGAUAAUGAUGGUGAAAUUCCAGCAGCAAGUUCUGGUAGUGUUGGUGCGGUUGCUAACCAGCUGUUAAAGAGAGUUAUUUUGCCAGAACAUCAAAGACUGCCAUUUUGCGAAGAAAAGUGGUUCUGGGGUAAAAUUACAAGAGGACACGCCGAGAAGUUAUUGAACAAAUCUGCUGUAGAUGGUGACUUUUUAGUACGAGUCAGUGAAACUCAGGUAAGAUUCUCUAGAUGAUCCAUUAUUGCAUGGCAAAAUGAGGUUAUAGGCAUUGUCUUCUUCAUCUUUGUUGUGGUCAAAUUUAAAGGGGACAGGAUCCAUGGUCCUUAGCUAUAGCUUCGUUUCACUUUUAUGUAAGGUGGGUUGGGAGGGUGUGCCGAACGAAAAGGCUGUCCUAUAUAACCAAUGGCUUGUGGAGUUACUUGUAGGACUAGCAUGUUGUAUUUAUUAUUACAAGUUGUUGCAUGUGCGAGCAACAUUUGCUCAGAUAAAGUCAGUAAAUGUGAGUGAGAAGGGGAAUUGGUACAUAAUUGUGUAAUGUAGGUCUGUAUGACUGUUCCAUUACUAGCACCUAAUAGUUCAUGGGCUUUUCUAUUCUCUUUGCUCUUUUAGGAGGGUGGCUACUCUGUGUCCAUGAAAGCUCCUGACAAAAUUAAGCAUUUUAGAGUGGCGUUCGCUGAUGGAGAAUUUAGCAUUGGACCACGGCGAUUUAAGUCAUUCCACGAGCUAAUAGAACAUUACAAAAGAGCUCCUAUAUUUACAGAUAAAGAAGGUAGCAAGUUUUAUCUCAUCAAACCAUUUGAUGAGAGCUCCUAGGAAUAAUAUUGAGAAAAGUACCAGGUACAUGUAUUAAAUUACAUGUUGUAGCUUAAAUAUCAGUGAGAUUCAGUGUGGAGAGGAUGAUAAAGUCAUUGCUAAGACAUGGUAAGCUUGACAAGAUUUUUUCAGGUUGUGAUGUGUGCCCUCGAGUGUUUCCAGGAUGCAAUAUAAAGCUCAUUAAAUCAGCAUCUCCAAUUCUGUCAAUUUAUCUCUGUGCAAGUGGAAAGCUUAUUUUCACAGCGGUUUUAUCCAAGAUGGCGGUUUGAAGAAUGUUUAUCGUUAUUGCAGGAUAAAGGAGGUUACUGUUUCUGUGCUCAAUCCUACAGGUCUAAAAGGUGAAAAUACCAUGAUAAGAAUUUGACUGCAAGACCUGUACGUUUUGAGGUCAUUUUCAGCAUCUUGUGAACUUUUGGAUGCUUGAGAGCAAACAUUGGAGGGAAACAGUUAAUUUUGUUUACUGAGAAUUUCAAUGUUUGCCGAGGGAAACAUUGAGAUUUGAGGGAAAGAAAAUUAACUGUUUCCUGAGGGGCCAGUCUUCAGGUGAUUUGUUAUAUAGCUGGAAAUUUUGAAGCUGGAAAUACAUUAAACCUCGCUGUAUUUGGCAGUCAUCGGUCAACAUUUUUUUGUGGGGAACAGUGCACUGUAACCCUCUGACGUCAUAGAUUUUGCAGUGUUGCCCCCUCAAAGAUUUUGGCAGGAAACAGUUUCACUGUUAGAUGCAAUGUAACCUUGAAGUAACCAAUGAGAGCAUGCACUGUUGGGAAGAAAAUUCCAGCUAUAGAGCAAAUUAUUUUACAGACCUUUGAUCAAUGAAUGCUGGCAUUUUAAAAGGCUUCUCUUCUCUGUAUAUAAUAAUUAUAUUGUGUAUCAGUAGGCAGACUUUAAAAUUUAACAAUUUAGACUGGAAUAGAAUUCUCCCCAAAAUAUAUGGGCGUAAAUUGGGGUCAGCAGUAGUAUUGUGACUUCUGUGAUUUAAUUUUGGGUGGGAAGUUACUGAAAAAUUCUGAAUAAUUUUUAAGAGGUGGGCCUUGGUGCUCAAAGCCUCAAUUUUGGUUGGGGGUCCAGGUUAUUAUUGAGUAAACUUCAGUUUUACAAAAGCUCUUGGAUUGCUGCUAGAAAGGAACAGUUAAAUAUUGUUAAAUGUUCCUGAAAUACGACAGUAUUAAUUUGCAUGAAAAUUUUGCGCCCCUUACCCUUAAAACUGCUCUCAUCUCAUUAAAACUCUGAAUGACAAAGACUUUCAACAGUGUUCUCAUUUAGUAGCUGGUGUGCUUUCACAGAAACGUGAUCUUAAUAAAGAUACAGUCAAAUCCUGUUAAUACGGACACUGAGGGGGCCAUACAAGGUGCCCAUAUCAAUAGGGUGUCCGUUUUAAUUGAAUUUAGCGAAAAUGUAAGGGCUUUCUUUACCCAGGGACAAAGCAAACUGUGUGCACCAUUUUUAAGGUGUCGGUAUUAUGCGGGUGUCCGUUAAGCGGGGUUUGACUGUAUUAUAAUCAUGUAAAGUUCAUUCAACUCACACUUUAAGUUGACUUCAUUGACGUCAUUUGUUAUCCGGGGGUGUAUGUUCUAUCUGGCUCAUUGAGCUUAUGUUCAGAAUGCCCAGUAUGAAGGAUUCUUCAGAGAUUUGGGAGGCUUUUUUGGUGAGGGAGGGUAAAAUUUACUAAUAUAAUGUUAUUCAGAAUUUUGAGGUGUUUAUAAUUGAACUUAGGACUUGGUUUGAUAAGCAAACAGAAGAAAAUUCUAUGUGCGUAUUCCGUGACAUUUUAGUAAUAGUGUUGAUACUCUUACUACAUAGCUGAUUAGUAGUAGUAAAUAGUUAUUCUUUAAUAUUCUUUGAUGCUGGUUAGGA